GCGAGCUGGUUUCCUUUUUCCGGCGCUCCGGGUGCGAGAGCCGGGUCUGGCCACCCAGGCAGCGGGCUGCAGUGCAACCCCAGCUCUCACCUGAAGACCUUCCAAACUAACGUUAUCCCGGCGGGCAGUGUGGGCGCCAUGAGCAACGCGGCAGGACUCGAUUCGGAGAAGGUCGCAACCCUGAUCCAGAAACUGAAUUCCGACCCUCAGUUUGUGCUCGCCCAGAAUGUCGGGACCACACACGACCUGCUGGACAUCUGCCUGAGGAGGGCCACGGUCCAGGGCGCGCAGCAUGUGUUCCAGCAUGUUGUGCCUCAGGAAGGCAAGCCGGUCACCAACCAGAAGAGCUCGGGGCGAUGCUGGAUCUUUUCUUGUCUGAACGUUAUGAGACUUCCAUUCAUGAAAAAACUAAAUAUUGAAGAAUUUGAGUUUAGUCAGUCGUACCUCUUUUUCUGGGAUAAGGUUGAACGCUGUUACUUCUUUUUGAAUGCUUUUGUGGACACAGCCCAGAAAAAAGAGCCUGAGGAUGGGAGGCUAGUGCAGUAUUUGCUUAUGAACCCAACAAAUGAUGGUGGGCAAUGGGAUAUGCUUGUCAAUAUUGUUGAAAAAUAUGGUGUUGUCCCUAAGAAAUGCUUCCCUGAAUCUCAUACAACAGAGGCAAGCAGAAGGAUGAAUGAUAUUCUGAAUCACAAGAUGAGAGAAUUCUGUAUACGACUACGGAACCUGGUGCACAGUGGAGCAACCAAAGGAGAAAUCUCUGCUACACAGGAUGCCAUGAUGGAGGAGAUAUUCCGAGUAGUAUGCAUCUGUUUGGGUAAUCCACCAGAGACAUUUACCUGGGAGUAUCGAGACAAAGAUAAAAAUUACCACAAGAUUGGCCCCAUAACACCCUUGAAGUUUUACAAGGAACAUGUCAAACCACUCUUCAAUAUGGAAGAUAAGAUUUGUUUUGUGAAUGAUCCACGGCCCCAGCACAAGUACAAUAAACUUUAUACUGUAGACUACUUGAGUAAUAUGGUUGGAGGGAGAAGAACUUUGUAUAACAACCAGCCCAUUGACUUAUUGAAAAAGAUGGUUGCCGCUUCCAUCAAAGAUGGAGAGGCUGUGUGGUUUGGCUGUGAUGUUGGAAAACACUUCAGUGGCAAGCUGGGCCUCAGUGACAUGAAUGUCUAUGACCAUGAGUUGGUGUUUGGUGUCUCCUUGAAGAACAUGAAUAAAGCUGAGAGGUUGUCUUUUGGUGAGUCACUUAUGACCCACGCCAUGACCUUCACUGCUGUCUCAGAGAAGGAUGAUCAGGAUGGUACAUUUCUGAAAUGGAGAGUAGAGAAUUCAUGGGGUGAAGACCAUGGACACAAAGGUUACCUGUGCAUGACUGACGAGUGGUUCUCAGAGUAUGUCUACGAGGUGGUGGUGGACAAGAAGCAUGUCCCUGAAGAGGUGCUGGCUGUGUUAGAGCAGGAGCCCAUUGUCCUCCCGGCUUGGGACCCCAUGGGGGCUUUGGCUGAGUGACAUCACCUCCAGCUCUUUCCUCCUCCCAUGGAACCUGAUGUAGCUGCAAAGGACAGCUCCAGAGACUGAAGCCAAAGUUACGCAGUGACUGUGUGUUCCCACAGGACACGGCAGACUGUUGGAUUUCCAGUCUCCACCAGGAACCUCUUUGGGGAAGUGUGCUUUAUGCUGAAACAAAAUAUUCAUUAAGAAGAAGAGAAGGAAAAAUCAGAACAUGUUACCUACUCUCCUCAUCUCCAACAGCUCAGGAUCUCUUAGCAUUUUCAUCAGAUGUAAUUGUCUUAACCCCGUCAAAAAGUUCUUCAGUGUCUGUUGUAAUAAGGCAGGAGCGGAUGAGCAACUGAGGUGUCUGAGGAGAACAAGCUGAGUGCUUCUGGUUCCUAGAGUAGAGGGUGCCUAAGACUUGAGCUCUCAGAACUGCACAUGACCUCGCAGAUCGCCGUCCUUCUUGGAUGGCAGCCGUGGAAUUCAAUGUUUUGAAGGUGUUUUCAAGGCAAUUUCAUGUGCCUCUUACAGCCCAAGAACAGGAGGAGGUUGAUCAGGUCUGACAUGAUUCCUUCCUGUUCUAAACUGUGGGGGUGCCGCUCUGCUUGCGUUGGGUUAAACAGAGGCUUUAAAGAAAGUGGGAGAGAAAACAACCAAAACCUUAUCGGGAUCUCAGUUGUAAUCAUUAGGUGGAGCUCUAGCCAAAUGGCUUAACUUUUGCCUCUACACUGGGGGUUGGGGGGCAGGAAAAGGUGAUGUUCAUUCUUUCUGACAACUAGAUGGUGCUGAGAAGCUUUUGAAUAAAACACUUUGCUAAAUGAGAA